AUGCCCUCAGCUAGCGGUGGCAGCUUCAACCGUCCGUACAAUCCUAGCCUAAGCAGCAGCAGCGGCGGCGGCGGCAAGGGCGGCCCACCAUCGAGCUUCUACGUCUUUCAGCCUCGCCCGGCGGCGCCCACCUCCAAGGCCUUCCAGUCUUCGGGCACUUCAGGGGCCGGAUCAGGAGGGACCGGAACGUCAUCAUCGGCGGGGGCGGGGGCGUCGGGUGCAGGGGCGUCCGGUGACGGCGACGGCGCCGCCGGUGGACACUACGAUGGAAAGCGCCUGCGGAAGGCCGUCGCACGAAAGACGGUCGACUACAACUCGGCGGUGCUGAAGAUGCUGGAGUACCGGCUCUGGCAGCGGGAUCCCUCCUCACUUUCACUCCAACCCGACAUUGCCUACUACACACAGAUGGUGCCGCCGAUGUACAUGCAGGAGAACCCGACGAACUGCAUCACCACCAAGUUCGUGCGCACCUCCACCAACAAGAUGCGCUGCCCCAUCUUCUGCGUCCUCUGGACGCCCGAGGGCCGCCGCCUGGUGACCGGCGCCUCCAGCGGCGAGUUCACCCUCUGGAACGGCCUCACCUUCAACUUUGAGACCAUCCUUCAGGCGCACGACUCUGCGGUGAAGGUGAUGGUCUGGUCCCGGAACGACUCCUGGAUGGUCACCGCCGAUCAGACGGGCUACGUCAAGUACUGGCAGAGCAACAUGAACAACGUCAAGAUGUUUCAGGCUCACAAGGAGCCGGUGCGUGCAAUCAGCUUCUGCCCGACGGACAGCAAGUUCGCCACCUGCUCCGACGACGGCACCGUGCGCAUCUGGGACUUUAUGCGGUGCUACGAGGAACGGAUCCUCCGCGGCCAUGGCGCCGACGUGAAGGGCGUCGACUGGCACCCCACCAAGGCGCUCAUAGCCUCGGGCAGCAAGGACAGCCAGCAGCCGGUGAAGCUGUGGGACCCGAAGAGCGGUCAGUCGCUCGCUACGCUACACGCCCACAAGAACACGGUGACCGACGUGAGGUGGAACGCCAAUGGCAACUGGCUGCUGACCUCCUCGCGCGACCACCUCAUCAAGCUCUUUGACAUUCGCAACAUGGCCACGGAGAUGCAGAGCUUCCGGGGCCACAAGAAGGAGGUCAGCUGCCUCGCCUGGCACCCGCUUCAUGAGGGCCUCUUUGCCAGUGGAGGCUCGGAUGGGUCGAUCAACUUUUGGCUGGUUGGAUCUGAACGCGAGGUGGGCGCUAUGGAGCAGGCCCACGAGUCCAUCGUCUGGUCACUGAACUGGCACCCGCUGGGGCACAUUCUCACCUCGGGCUCCAAUGACCACACCUGUAAAUUCUGGACCCGUAACCGACCGGGCGACCGCAUGCGCGACAAGUACAACCUCAACCUGCUGCCGAAGGACUUUGAGGAGGCGGCGGAGUACGACGAGGAGCACCUGCUCGCUUCUAAUUUGGCCGGAAAUGGCGGUGGGGCAGAAGGAGAGGAGGAGAUUGUCCUGGCGCACAUUCCCGGUCUCGGCUUUGAUCGGCCCGAGG